AUGCCCAGCUCGCCCAAGGUGUUCUCCUCCGCCGCCUCCCACCGCUCCUCGCUCCGCCGCAUCCUCGCCUCGCCGGCCUUCUCCGCCGCCUGCCUCCUCUUCGGCCUCGCCGGGUUCCUCGUCGCCGCGGUCUCCCUCUCCCGGGCGCCAGCCCCCGACCCGGCGCGCGGCCGCUGCCCCGACUCCUCCCGCCCGCUCUCCGUCUCCGUCGCCUGGGACCGCCGCCCGGAGGAUGCCGCGGCCGGCGCUACCGACCUCCCGGCGCACCUCGCCACCGGAUCGCGCGGUAGGCACAAGGUGAUGGCCUUCGUCGGGAUCUUCACCGGGUUCGGCUCCGUCGGCCGCCGCCGCGCGCUCAGGCGGACGUGGCUCCCCGCGGAUCGGCAGGGUCUCCUCCGGUUGGAGGAAGCUACAGGUCUGGCAUUCAGAUUUGUGAUCGGCAAAAGCAAUGACAUGUCUAAGAUGGCAGCCCUUGAAAGAGAGGUUGAAGAAUAUGAUGAUUUUGUGCUUUUAGAUCUUGAGGAGGAGUAUAGCAGGCUUCCAUACAAAACGUUAGCUUACUUUAAGGCUGCCUAUGCGUUGUUCGAUUCUGAUUUCUAUGUUAAAGCUGAUGAUGACAUUUACUUGAGACCAGAUAGACUUUCCUUGCUUUUGGCUAAAGAGCGUCCACAUCCACAAACAUACAUUGGAUGCAUGAAAAAGGGCCCUGUUUUUACUGAUCCCAAAUUGAAAUGGUAUGAGCCACAGUCCUUCCUACUUGGAUCAGAAUACUUCCUUCAUGCAUAUGGGCCUAUAUAUGCUUUAUCAGCUGAUGUGGUGGCAAGCUUGGUUGCCUUGAGAAAUAACAGCUUCCGAAUGUUCAACAACGAGGAUGUUACUAUUGGAUCCUGGAUGCUUGCUAUGAAUGUCAACCACGAGAACACACAUGCUCUCUGUGAACCUGAGUGUACACCAUCGUCAAUUGCUGUUUGGGAUAUUCCAAAAUGUUCAGGGCUAUGCCACCCAGAGGUCAAGAUGCUAGAGCUUCACCGGAGAAAAGAAUGCACGGGUGGCCCAGCUGAGGUAGCUGAAUCUGAUGACGAAUGACUUUCAAUCUGGACACGGAACUGCGGACCAUGCGACAUGAUGACACACACAACGGUUGACCCCAAUAGAUUCUUGCAGUGCGAGCUCAUUUGAUUCGAUCACCAGGUGCAAUCAUUGCCACUUUGGCGGUAAUACUACAGCUGAGGAAUCCUCUACAGUUGCGAUCCAGGCGCCAUAUAGGGCUGCCCUAUACUCCAAUUCUUGCCAGUUGCCGCAUUCUUGUCUGCUUUUAACCACAACUGCAUUAUUGCCGGUCGUCCAGAAGGCGAGGAAGUUUUGUUGUAUAGAUAGAAAAUGCAUUACAAAGUACAGCUCACCAUACAAUUUGCUUUCGGCGAAGAUGGUAUAAAUCAGCUCGCUUUUUUCUGAAUGUCUGGGUUUCUCAGUUGAGCCUUUUGCUGCGAUACA